AUGUCAGACAUCAAAGACGAGAUGGAGGUGGAUGCGCCGGCAUCACCCGAACAGAAGAGCGACAACAAAAACGGCGGCUCAAACGACACCAAGACACAAGAGAACGCCGUCGCGGUCCGCAGUAUCGAAGGCUGGAUCGUCAUAGUCACCAACGUACACGAGGAGGCCAGCGAGGAGGACCUGCAAGAUCUAUUUGGCGAAUACGGCGAGAUCAAGAACAUCCACAUCAACCUCGACCGGCGCACGGGUUAUGUCAAGGGAUACGUGUUGAUCGAGUACCCGACCCGCGAAGAGGCGCUGGCAGCCAUCGAAGGCGCGAACGGACAAGAAUUGCUGGAGCAGACCAUCAACGUCGAUUUUGCGUUCGUGCGACCCCCGCCAACCAAGACUCAGGCAGGACCAAAGGGCGGUCGCAAGGGCGGCAGACAGCGCAGUCGUAGCCCAGGUGAGAGACGUGGCCGCGAGGAUGAAGAUGAAGACUAA